AUGGCUCCCAAAGUCAAGACGAGCAAGCCCGGAUUGGCUACAGCGAAGCAACCCACACCGAAUUGGCCGGCAAUGCAACCUCUCCUGCCUUCUUCCGACCUAUCAUUCGAGAUACUGCUGCAAAAUCAGAUCCUCACGAUACCCCGUCUGUGGACAUCCACUCUCGCCAAGAAGUAUGUGACCUUUCUCUCCACGCUCCCACUCGUGACUACGCCCGGCAAGCCCAAAAGAGGAGAUGCCGUGCGGGUGAACGACCGCUACCAGAUUGAUGAUGCGAUAUUCGCAGAGCAGUUGUGGAGCUGCACGGCUCUGAAAGAUCUCGUUCUGAACGCUGAGAAUGCCGAAGAUGGCACUCCUCUUUCUGAAGCGGCCAAGCACGAACUAUGGGGCGGCGAGGUCCUCGGUUUGAACAGCAAUAUCAGAAUAUAUAGAUAUUCAAAAGGGCAGUUCUUCGAUCAGCACUAUGACGAUGCGAAUAAUGUUAUGUUCCCAUCCGAGGCAUCUCCACAAAGCAUAAAAGGCAGGACGACGUGGACUCUGCUACUGUACCUCAGUUCUCCUGCAACGGGCUGCAUCGGUGGGGAGACCAUCUUCUACCCGGAACCCGCCAGUAAGCGUGAGGCCGCACCAUCUCCGGUGAUAGCAGAGCUGGAAGUCGGCACAGCGCUACUGCACCGGCAUGGCAAAGACUGCAUGCUUCAUGAAGGCAGAGAGGUCACCGCGGGCGAGAAGUGGGUGAUUCGCAGCGAUCUGGUCGUGAAGCGGUGA